UUCAAACUUGUAUCAAAUCCAGACCAGAACCAAAGUGACAAACUGUCUUGUAUUUUUUUUUUUUUAAAGUGAAGGGGCGAGCUGACACCAAUAAUAAGAUAUAGCUUAACAAAAAAAAAAACAAUUACAGAGAGGAGAAGAAGAAGAUUUGCGCUAGAGAGGGAAGAAGAUCGAUCGAGACAUAGAUCUUCAUCUUCGUCACGUGCACGGUGGGAGGAAAUGGGAACCUCAGCUCUCGUCGACAGUAUCUCCUCUUUUCUCAACCUCUCGUCUUCGAGACACAUCGAUUUAGACCCAUUCGAAAAGUACUACAAGCGAGUCGAAGAGCUGCUCAUAGUCCUGAAACCCGUAGCGGAUGCUGCAUCUAUCAACUCCCAUCUCGUUUCCGAGGAAAGAAUCGGCAAAUCGUUUGAUGACCUGACUCAGGACGUUGAUCACUCCAUUGAUCUCUUCAGAAGCUGGCACGCUUUCUCCAGCAAAGUCUACUUCGUUCUUCAAAUCGAAUCUUUAAUACCAAAGAUGCGAGAAACUAUUGUGGAUACUUUCCAUUUCCUCAUGUCUUUUGAGAGCAACCUACCUGAUGAGCUCAGUCCACCUUCCCUCGAGAAAUGUCUAGAGAAGGUUAAGCAGCUUAGUUACGAAGAAAUAUCUUCUGUCAUUGACGGUGCUCUAAGGGAUCAGAGAGAUGGGGCUGGACCCACCCCCGAGGUCCUGGUGAGAAUUGGAGAGAACACUGGCCUGAGAUCAAACCAGGAGAUUCUGAUCGAAGCUGUUGCUCUCGAGAGGCAGAAAGAGAUCGCUGAGCAGUCUGAGAACAAUUCAGAAGUCGAGUUCCUUGACCAGUUGAUUGUCAUCGUUAACCGGAUGCACGAGCGUCUUCUUCUGAUCAAACAGACGCAGACGUCUAGCGUCGCCAUCCUUGCCGACUUCUUUUGCCCUCUGUCCCUUGAGGUAAUGACUGAUCCGGUGAUUGUGUCGUCAGGACAGACGUACGAGAAGGCCUUCAUCAAGAGAUGGAUUGAUUUGGGUUUGAAAGUUUGUCCCAAGACUCGGCAGACUCUGACUCACACGACUCUGAUACCUAACUACACUGUGAAAGCCUUGAUCGCUAACUGGUGUGAGACAAAUGAUGUCAAGCUGCCUGAUCCCAACAAGUCAACGAGUUUAAACGAGCUGUCUCCUCUUUUAUCAUGUACAGACUCUGUUCCCAGUGUUAGCAACAAGUCAAAUGAUUGGGAUGCUUCUACAGGUGAGGCCGGGAAGCCCUCAUCCUCCAACCUUCAUCCUUCUCCCUCUCCUUCACGUUCUGCUUCUGCAUUGGACACUUCUUCACUACAUGAUUAUGAAGUCAGGUCUAACGACUCUCGAGAAAUGAAGACAGAUGCACCGGGAAGGUCAUCUGUGUCUUCAACAACACGAGGCUCAGUGGAAAACGGACAAACAUCUGAGAAUCACCACCAUCUCAGGUCCCCUUCCGCCGCAAGCUCAGUUUCUAACGAGGACUCUCCAAGAGCAGAAGCGAACGAGAACUCAGAAGAGUCACCUCACGCCACACCUUACAGCAGCGAUGCUUCAGGAGAAAUCAGAUCAGGUCCCCUCGCUGCAGCAACCACUUCAGCAGCAGCACCUCCUCAGCGAGACCUCUCCGAUUUCUCCCCGAAGUUUAUGGAUAGACGCAGCCGUGGCCAGUUUUGGCGUCGUCCUUCGGAGAGGCUCGGCUCGAGGAUUGUUUCAGCGCCUUCGAAUGAGACGAGGCGUGAACUCAUCGAGGUCGAAAACCAAGUUAAGAAGCUUGUGGAGGAGUUGAAAAGCAGUUCGUUGGAUGUUCAGAGACAAGCAACAGCUGAGAUAAGGCUGCUAGCUAAGCACAACAUGGAUAACAGGAUAGUGAUAGGGAACUCUGGAGCAAUCGUCUUGUUAGUUGAGCUACUUCACUCAACAGACUCAGCUACACAGGAGAACGCUGUGACGGCUCUUCUAAACUUGUCCAUCAACGACAACAACAAGAGUCUAAUCGCUCAAGCUGGUGCUAUCGAGCCGCUCAUCCACGUGCUCCAGAACGGUAGCUCUGAAGCAAAGGAGAACGCAGCAGCUACACUCUUCAGCCUCUCUGUUAUAGAAGAGCUCAAGAUUAAGAUAGGUCAGUCUGGGGCAAUAGGGCCUCUUGUGGAUCUUCUAGGUAACGGUACCCCUCGGGGUAAGAAAGACGCUGCUACUGCGUUGUUUAACCUGUCGAUACAUCAGGAGAACAAGGGGACGAUUGUGCAGUCUGGGGCUGUGAGGUAUCUUAUUGAUCUGAUGGAUCCGGCGGCUGGGAUGGUGGAUAAAGCGGUUGCUGUUUUGGCUAACCUAGCUACGAUCCCUGAAGGGAGAAACGCUAUUGGACAAGAAGGUGGGAUUGGUCUUCUUGUGGAGGUGGUUGAGUUGGGUUCAGCUAGAGGGAAAGAGAACGCAGCGGCGGCUCUGCUUCAGCUUUCGACCAACAGUGGGAGGUUCUGCAACAUGGUUCUUCAAGAAGGAGCUGUUCCUCCCCUCGUUGCUCUCUCACAGUCUGGUACUCCAAGGGCCAGAGAAAAGGCACAGGCAUUGCUCAGUUACUUCAGGAACCAACGGCAUGGAAAUGCAGGGCGUGGCUGAUGAUGAUGAUGAUGGGUAGAUAUUGGUUCCUCGGUGCCUGUUUUGUGUUUGUCAUUCUUACUGAAGUAGUGAUUUUGUACAAAAGAGGUUUCGUCUGCAAAUAAUUAUAUACCCAAGUUUUUUCUUGAUUAUCUGCAUUCUUUGAUUUUCGAUUGAUACUCCCCAGGAAUAAAACUUUGAUUUGGAAUUAGAAGUUUUUUCUUAUUUGUAAGUUUCUGAAGUAAACAAUGUAGCUGUUAAUGUGAAUUGAGUGAGUAUUUUAACCAUUAAUAGACUUUGUUUUGUGGU